CCCUGAGGAUUCUACAGUGCAGAGUGCAGGAAGCCUGAUCAUAGAGAAGGUCGAAUUCCAGCGUGCCCAGGGCAGCUGCAGAAAAGAGAAGAGAAGAGGGAGGAGUUGUGUACCACGUCCAGAGAGACGAGCUUUCUGGUGGAAAUGGCCCAGCAGAUGUUCACUUGGGGACUGUCAGCGCCCAGAAGAGACGGCAUCGAGGCCUCGAUACCAGGAGCCAACUCCCGGCUCUUUGUCGACAGGCCUGACUUCUUUGAUUACCCAGACUCAGACCAAGCUAGUCUUGCUGCUGUGGCCCAGUUUAUUGGAGAGAAACCUGUGACCUUUGUUAGGACAGGUUCUGGCCCUGGGCUCUUCCAGCACAUCCUGGUGGGCGCACUGGUGGUGGCCUUCUUCCUCUUCCUUUUCCAGUUCUGCAUGCACGUGAGCUUCCAGAAAGGGGCCUAAGGAGCCGGACAGGAGCGCUGGACCCUGCUGUGUGCCACACAUCUACCACGUCUUCUGUUGAGGAUAAAAAAGACGGUGCCUCCAUCCUCUUGACUGCACAGUGGCCCUCAAUGUGGCCAUGCACCCCCACCACCUCCUUCUUCCUUGACUGCCCAGUGACCCUCUUAUGUAUGGCCAUUCACACCUCCCCUUCCUCCCAGGCUGCCCAGUGAUCCUCUGUGUGGCCAUCCACCCCACACCCCCAUCUCCUCUUCCCUCCCUCACUGCUCAGUGGCUCUCUAUUUAAUCAUCCAUCCCCUUACCUCCUCCCUUCCCAGCCCCCCAAAAACUGGACCCAAGGGUCUUGCUGGCGUUCA